CACAGUAUCGAGGGAGCCUCGUCUUCUCUUUGCUGUUCAUUAGGCUCAUGAUCUCCAGCUCCUCGUCCGCCAUACCGCAGCGCCAGGAAAGCCAGACCCACGAUCCCGCCCCCUACCGCUCGUCCAGCCGGCACCGGUUGUCUGGCUCCGUGCCGCGGUCUCAGACAUCAGCAGCAUCGGCGUCGACCUCGGCGUCAGCGCCGGAUUCCCAGCCCAGCGCCAACAGGAGCACCGCCGCCCAGUCGGCGCAGCAGGGCCAGGCGCUGGCAGCGCAGUCGACUUCGCGCUCGGCAUCCUCUGGCGGAGCGUCGCGCUUCCCCUCGCCGCCGCCGUCCUCGUCUCCAGCCGCUGUUCCCGGCCCUGUUGCCGCCGACGAUGAGAAUCGAGCGUCCAUGGCAUCCCAGAUUGGAGACGGCGUCUCCGCAGCUGGCCAGCACCAGCACCAACCUCCGACAGCCUCAGACCCGACAGCGCCUCAGAACCAACAGCCCUCGCCCGCGUCGGAUGAUUAUCCUCUAAGAUCUGGCCAGGCCGCCGGCUCCGACUCGUACCUGGUCUCGUCCACGUCUGCCUCGUCCGUCCCCGAACAGAAUGUGGUCCACAUCCGCGAUCUCGCGCACAUAGAAAAGCUCGCCGAAGCCGACUUGGCUGGCGAUGGGGGCCAGUCCGGCAUCCUCCACGACCCGCCGCUGCAUCAGACCAAGUACGAGAUUAGCGCAAUGCCUAUUGGCGAUGUCAUCGAAAUGGUGGCCGCUCUGUUGACCAAGAUCACUACUACAAACGAUCUGCAGCACGACGCCAUGCAGCGCAAUGUUGCCCACCAGCAGCAGGCCAACCAGAACGCAGACGCCCACGGCGGUUCCCAGAUGAGUCCGCUUAGCCACUCGGUGCUUGCGUUCCACGGCAAAAACGUUCCCGCCAUCACCAUCUUGAGCUACCUCUCGCGCAUCGACAAGUACUGCCCGACUACUUAUGAAGUAUUCUUGAGUCUGCUAGUCUACUUUGACCGCAUGACGGAAAAGGUCAAUGACAUGGUGUCUCGAACCGAGGGCAGCAGACGGUCAUCGGCAUCGCGGCCGCGAGGGGCCAUGUCCGUCGCGUCCCAUGAUACCCCGAUGGGCGAUGCCUCGAGGAGCCCUGAUGAGAGCGACGAAGAUCUUGCCGACGACGAAAGUGACGACGACGACGACGAGGUCAUGGUUGACCCGCCGUCUAGAUACGCUCGCUCGGCAGGCAGAGGUGCGACACCCGCGGCUGAGCGCUCCCUUGGCUUGCCAACCCCAGCGGCGUAUUUCGUGGUUGACAGCUUCAAUAUCCACCGAUUGAUCAUUGCCGGAGUAACUUGCUCCAGCAAAUUCUUCUCGGAUGUCUUUUACACCAAUUCUCGAUAUGCAAAGGUUGGCGGACUUCCUCUGCCGGAGUUGAACCACUUGGAACUCCAGUUCCUGGUGCUCAACGACUUCCGACUUGCCAUUCCAGUGGAAGAGCUGGAGGCAUAUGCCACGAUGCUCGUUGAAUUUUACGCUCGAGAAGUGGUGGCUCCUCGGAGCCGCCACACGUAGUCGCGGGACACGGCAAAAUUCGCGAAAACAAAAAUUAAAGCGGAAGAGAGCAACGCGAUAGCCGACAGAUCUUUGCGAUGGGCUCGGUAACAUGAGCAAGCCGUGUUUUGGAUCUUGAUUGGUAUGGCGUGCUCUAUCUCGAAGCCUCGAUCAGGACAACGAUAUCUUGCAAAGCACCUGUGGGAAACAACCUCUUAUCAAAGAUUGGCCGUGGCCGAUUGAGCCAAGAGAAGGCAGAAUUCUUUUGCAGUUCCUGGCGGAUCUUACACACACCGCAUUAGGAGACAAGGAACAUGUUUGGAAGCGAGUCAAUGGGUAUGAGUAGGCCUUUUAUACGGUCUCAAACUUGCAGACUAUGGACUAUUUAUCAGCGAGUUGAAAGAGGAGGUACAUUGGCAUGUCAUGGGCAUGUCAACUUGGCCCUGGCCUGAACGGCAAGACUAUAGACGGUUUCUAAUUGGGCGAUGGGGAAGAGAGGGAGCCGUGUUUGUAUGUGUGCGCGCAUAUGUUAGCAAACGGUACUACUUUGGCUAGACAAGGGAGAUGGCACAGCUGCACAAGACAGAGAGCAAGGAGUGGACGGUUGUUUAUGAGAGCUCUGAUGGGAUUGGCGAAUUCAUUGCAAUGGCGCAGGGGGGUUUGAUGGGCCUUGGUCUUUGUUAUUCUUUUUAUUUUCUCUUCUCCUGUUAUUCGUUUGAAAGGUUUUAAACAGGGAGGGUUGUGAUGAAGGACGAUGACAUUGAGAUUUAAAUAUGCUAGAUAGAUUUUUUGACGAUAGCACAAUAUGAUAUACUACGCUCUGGUUAUGAUGCUCUGGUUAUGAA